AUGGAAAUGGGGUUUCCUCGUGAAGAGGCACUCAGUGCCUUGAAGGCCACGGGCCAUGACCCAAACAAAGCAAUUGCCUAUCUAUUUGGUGAACUACAGGAUCCACAAGGGCAAGGAACCGAGAACGAACCCAUAGAGAUUGAUUCAGAGCCCAAAUCACAGAACCAGUAUGACACCGUGGACGUGCAGGUACCACAAGACUUGCCUGAGUUCUUGGGUCAGUAUGCCCAGAACCCAGAGAGUCAAAACACAGCAACUGAACCACCACCAGUUCCAUCAGCUCCUCGUCCACAGAUAUCACAGUUUUCACAACCACUGGUGGAUUUCAUAGAAGUUGGUCGCUCAGAGCCAAUGAGCUCCGAGGAUGACGGCGUUGUGGCUAAUAGAUAUAACGCUAUAUCCGAUAGCGAUUCCGAUAGUGAGUCGUUGCCUAAUAUCAAGACAGAAGGACACCUUGUGCCGCAAUUGAGGAAAAAGAUUCCAGGCUAUAGGUACUGGGUGCCUAUUCUAGCUGCAUUGUGCCAGAACAAGCAAUUUGUAGAUGUCGUUUUGCUGGUUGAAGGUGACGAUGUGUCUGCAUUUGUGGAGGAGCUUCAGAAGAUUGUCAAGUUUGUUCAGAACUUUAGGCAGUCACAGGAAUGGUAUAUUCUCGUGGACGAUCUUCUUCGGAAUAUCUCCUCUACGGGCCAGGAUGACGCUUUGUCGCCGGAAGAAGAGGCUAUUGGUAAUAUCUACAAAGAGCUCGUUGAUGCCAUUCCUCAACUUGCAGAGGUGUUGAAUUCCAACGUCGAGAGCAUCGAGGAGGAAAUCAGCAAUGACCUCAAUCUUCUUGAACUUGACCUGGAUGUGAGAAAGCUGAGCUUGUACCUCACGUUGAAUGAGCAAUUCUGGGGUCAGAAUUUUGAGCGACUCGGAGUGGUGAAGUACCGCAGCGUGGCGCCAAUUGUCACGAUACACUUGAUGGACGACGACGAUAACACACUGCAUCCGCUUUUCCUUCGAGAGAUCUUCUACCCCGAGGUCUACAGUGACAAGGCGCUUGAGCAGGUCCAGAAACAUGUGGCUUCAGCGCAACAGGCUGACCACGAACGUCGUGCUAUUUCACGAAACCUCAUUGACCUCAAUUUCUUUGAAGGCAAGAGGCUUGGGCAUCUCUUGCGUCAAGCCACAGCUAUGCUUAAACCAGCACACGAGGAAGCAAGUGAGGAUCUCGGAAACCUCGCGGAGCAGGUUGAAACGCUUCGUGAGCAGCAGGUGGACAGGCAAAGCGAGGCACAGAGCACCAUACACAGUGUUCAGCAGCAGAUGGCUGAUUUUGCCGGGGUGAUUCUGGAGACCCCUCUGUUGAACAAGUACCGUCUACAGGGUGUGAUAAUGAACGAUCGCUGGUACUACUUCCGUCAGCGAGACGUCUGGGUGAAGAUGGAGGACGCCGAGCUCAUUGAUUUUGAGCAGGUGGAGGCCGAUGUGUACAAUUGCACAAGAAACGGCACCCAGCCCGUGACGCUUUUGUAUGGCAACGCAGAGGAUGAGCCAGACUGGAGCGACUACGAAAGUGACAGCGACAAGAGCGACGAUGAUGUCAUUGAGAUCAACAGCCAGUCCGACGAAGAGUCUCCUAUCAAAUUGGGCAAAUCGGAGGAAACAGAGGAAACAAAGGGAGCAGAGAAGGACGACAAAGACGACGAAGCUUUGAUCGACUUGGGGUCAUCGUUGGCGCUGAGUUAA